GAGAAGAAGCAGCAAGCAGGAGGAAUUACUGCAGAAGAAACUACUGACAUACUAUUGUAAAGAUGGAGUUAAAGGAAGAACCCUGCAGAAUAAAAGAAGAAGAUACAGAGGAAAGGAUAGACUUUAUGGAAGUAAAUGAAGACAAACAGCAUCAUUUCACAAAUGAAGAUGGAAAACUGACAUAUAAAAAUGAAGAUGAACAACAUCUGCUUCAAAAUACUCAUCAUUUCAAAAAUGAAGAUGGAAAUGCAGCCGUUUCAAAGACUGAAGAGAAUUUUACACAGAAACAAGCUGGAAAAUCUGGAGUCAAAAAAUCUUUAACCUGUUCUGAGUGUGGAAAGAUUUUCACAUAUAAAUCACACUUUAACAGACACAUGAGAAUUCACACUGGAGAAAAACCUUUCACCUGCUCUGAGUGUGGAAAGAGUUACAAACAUGAAGGACACCUUAAGGUACACAUGAUAAUUCACACUGAAGAGAGGCCUUAUACAUGCGCUCAGUGUGGAAAGAGUUUCUGUCGCAAAGAGGACUUAAAUGUACAUACGAGGAAUCACAAUGGAGAAAAAACUUUCACAUGCUCUGAGUGUGGAAAGAGUUACAUGACUAAAUCAGAGCUUAACAGACACACAAGAAUUCACACUGGAGAAAAACUAUUUACAUGCACUCAAUGUGGAAAGAGUUGUGUACAAAAAUCAAACCUUUUAAGACACAUGAGAAUUCACACUGGAGAGAGGCCUUAUGCGUGCUCUCAGUGUGGAAACAGUUUCACAUCCAAAACCGCUCUCAAUGAUCAUCUGCACUUUCACUCUGGAGUAAAGUCAUUCAGCUGCGAUCAGUGUGAUAAAACAUUUGUUGUGGAAUCAGGCUUAAGAAGACACCUUAGACUUCAUGCUGCUGUGAAGCCUCACAUUUGUUAUUUUUGUGGAAAGUGUUUUACACGACUGCAACAUUUAAAAGAGCAUGAAAGUAUUCAUACUGGUGUAAAACCUUAUAUGUGCUCGGACUGUGGGAAGACCUUCAUUACAUCAGGUGCAUUAAAAAAACACCAGAGAAUUCAUACUGGAGAGAAGCCGUACAAGUGCUCACAUUGUGGAAAGAGUUUCGCUCAUUCAGGACACGUGAAAGAUCAUAUGAGAGUUCAUACUGGAGAGAAACCACACCAGUGCUCUUCAUGUAGGAAGAGUUUCACCCGAUUAUUUAAUCUAUGGACUCAUAAGAAAAAGUGUUGCCCAAAGUUGUCUAAUUAGCAAAUGUUCAUGUUUAGAUCCAUGACUUUUAAAUAAUUUUAUAUUUAGAUUAAGCAAAAGAAGGAAUUACCUUAAAUAGAGUAAUUUAUAAUUAGUAGUGACAUUUGAUUGUUUGACAAGGGGAAUCUUUGGGGAAGGUCAAAAUUGUAGUGUUUUGCAUUCUAAGUAGGGGUGUAACUGAUCACAGUUGAUCCGUGAUCCGUACGAACAGGCCCCAUGGUUCAGAACGCAUGUGAUUCAUGGAUUAACAGCAUUUAGCCAUUAUAUAGUGAAAGUUUAUUGUUUGCACGUAAUUGUGUCUUACCAAUUUAAAACACUCAAGCUUUUUUAAACAAUUCAAAUGCAAAAAGAAGAGGCAAAUUUCACAAUCACACGUUGUUUUCUGUGCACACACACUCAAAGCACAUGUGCUGCAGAGGCAACUUAAGUAUUCUUAUACAGUUGGUUAUAAAGUCUUAAGUGAACCUAAACAGUUGAGAAAACUUGUCAGAUGUGUUUCAUCAUAUUGGUUCCGUGUGUUUGGUUGUGCAUUCCAGCCUGGUCUCAUUGUUAAUACGUCGCUAUAAAUACGUAACUUUCAAAGACACAAAAUGUAAAUUUUUGUAUGUUCAGAAAGGUGCUGAAACAUCCAAUUUUGACGUAUUUAUAGCACUAAAAUGUAAAAAUACUUAAAUUUUUUCAGCAAAAUAACGUAAAAUAUUUUUGAAUCUUUCAUGUCAUAAAGAUAUAACGUUAUGUAUAAUUUCCCUUUAUCGAGAGAAACCUCUCAGAUUUCAUAAAAAAUAUCUUAAUUUGUGAAAGGCGAAAGUCUUACAGGUUUGGAAUGACAUAAGGGUGAGUAAUUAAUGACUUUUUAAAAAAGAUUUUUAGGUGAACUAACUGUUUAAGUGUAACAGAGACAAAUUUACAAUUGAUACAUAAAGAAAUGUAAAAAAAACCCAGGACUUUGCCUCUUCCCACUGAGCAAAUUAGGUCCAGAAGACGUCUUUUUGAGGU